AUGGCAUCAGACCCAGCUUCCCAUAUAACUGUCGGUGCCCUCAGUGCCAUCUUCGAUGAGACAAAGCCACAAGUCCGCGAACCCAUCGUCCAGUGUGUCCAGAUCAAACCGUUGCCACCUCAACAGAACAACCAAGAGCGAUACCGAGCUGUCUUCAGCGAUAUCUCGAACUAUGUCCAGACUAUGCUCGCCACACAAGCCAACCCCUUUGUCACUAGCGGACUGCUUCGCAGGGGUUGUUUUGUCAAGCUCAAGUCAUUCCAAGCCAAUUCCGUUAAGGGAAAGAAGAUUCUCAUCAUUCUAGACCUUGAGGUGCUGCAAGAGCUUGGCGAAGCCGAGAAAAUUGGCGAGCCUAAGCCUCUUGAGAGCAAGGCUGAAGACGAGGAGAAACCUCAGCCUACCACAAUUUCUAGUAAUGGAUUCUACGGGUCAAAGACGCAGGGAGCGCAAGCCCAAACGACCAACAGGGCUCCAGCUCGGCCUCCUGUUGCCCCCGGGCACGCAACGAUGUAUCCGAUUGAAGCUAUUUCACCAUACUGCCACAAAUGGACCAUCAAGGCGCGCUGCACUAGCAAGACAAAUAUCAAGACCUGGCAGAACACAAAAUCUACAGGCAAGUUGUUUAGCGUCAAUCUGUUGGAUGACAGUGGCGAAAUCCGAGCGACCGGGUUCAAUGAACAGUGCGAUGCGCUGUACGAUCUGUUCCAAGAAGGAGGUGUCUAUUAUAUUUCCACCCCUUGCCGUGUUCAGAUUGCCAAAAAACAGUUCACGAAUCUGAAUAAUGAUUACGAGCUCACUUUUGAACGGGACACCGUUGUUGAAAAGGCCGAAGAUCAGAGCGACGUCCCCCAGGUCCGUUUCAAUUUUACAACAAUAGGCGACCUUCAGUCUGUUGAGAAAGACACCACCAUCGACGUUAUUGGUGUCUUGAAGGAAGCGGGUGAAUGUUCCCAAAUUGUGUCCAAGACCACAAGCAAGCCUUACAACAAGCGUGAGCUUACCUUGGUGGACAAUACUGGAUUUUCUGUUCGCUUAACGAUUUGGGGUGCAACGGCUAUGGACUUUAAUGUCUCCCCCGAAGCCGUUGUAGCUUUCAAAGGAGUUAAAGUCUCUGAUUUUGGAGGCAGAAGCCUGAGUUUGCUAAGCUCUGGCUCCAUGACAGUUGACCCGGACAUUGAAGAGGCUCACCGACUCAAGGGCUGGUACGAUGCGCAAGGCAGGGACGAAAACUUUACUUCCCAUGCUUCCUUGUCGAGUGCAACCACGUCUACAAUGAAAGCAGACAGCUUCAAGACCAUUGGCCAGGUCAAGGAAGAGCAGCUGGGCAUGUCCGAAGAUGCUGCCUACUUCUCUCUGAAAGCCACUGUCAUCUAUAUCAAACAGGAAAAUGUGUACUAUCCGGCCUGCCUAUCAGAAGGCUGCAACAAAAAGGUGACGGAGCUCGACCCUGGACAAUGGCACUGCGAACGCUGUGAAAAAACCUAUCCUCAUCCGGAGUAUCGCUACAUCAUGCUCAUCAACGUCAGCGAUCAUACCGGCCAGCUUUGGCUCAGCUGCUUUGACGAAGUGGGCAGACUGAUGAUGGGCACUUCCGCUAAUGAACUGUCUGCAUUGCGCGAGAACGAUGAGAAGGCAGCGGGCGAGAUCUUUCAGAAUGCCAAUUGCCGUACCUGGAACUUCAGGUGCCGUGCGAAAACUGACCACUUUGAUGGACAACAACGGAUCCGUUACCAAGUGUCAUCGGCGAAACCGGGUAAACUAUUCUGA